UAAAUUAUUUAACAUUAAGGUCCUGUUAUGCCGUGAAAAAACGACACACGAAAGUGGCCAGAAGCUACAAAAGUUCUCGGUGAAGACCGCAAAGGAACUUGGAACCAUGGGCGGUUGCACAAAACAUUUUUCUUAAAGUCUUACUUAGUUUCCUUACAAUACAAUCGGUUGCGACAAACACAUAAAGGUUCUCCCCUUAGGGUUCCUUAAAGAUGUUCAAGGGAACAAUUAGGUGCAGGAAGUCGAAUUCGCCACAUUUGCUUGUUUUUGUUCGAAGUUUUCUUGCUUGUAUUCAAAAUGACGUUAUCUCUUUCGAAGUGCCAAUUUUGACGUUUCUGAAAUUCUAAAAGACGUAAUAAUAGUCACGUGACAAGCGUUCUUAAAUACGUAGCUCGACGCAAUACUUGGCAUUUGUAUGAAAAUGAACUCAGGUGGUUGGUGUGUUUUGAGAGCUGGUGAAGACUACAGACGUCGACAAGCAAUGGCAUUUCCCUCCUUCCUGCAUAUCCUCCUCAUCUUCUCCCUGGUGGGCAGCGGCUUUGCGGAAGAUGAGGCUUCUCCUGAAGGCUGUGGCUCUUUCCUGAAGAGGCCGCUGUGUAACCUGCAUGCAGUGUGGGGCCAGGCAGUGACAUUGGCGGCAGGCAUAGGGGCCCUAGCCUCACUGAUCCUGGCCCUGGUGCUGUUCUGCCGCCUGCGUCAAAUCAGAGAGCCUGAGGCUCGCAGUGGGGUGGCACCGCUGCUCCUACUCCUCGCCACCGUCCUCAUGCUCUGCGUCCUCAGUUUUGCGUAUGUCAUCGAGCGGGACGACACUGUCUGUAUUGCCCGGCACUCCCUCUGGGGGGCACUGUUUGUCCUGGCCACAGCAUGCCAAGCGACCCAGGGUGCACGACUGCUCAAGUGCUCCGGUUUCAGACCCCUGGCAGGGGUGCUGAUCGGCAUGGCCAUAAUGCAGGGCAUAGCCAUUCUCCAAUGGAUCCUGGCAAUUGCACUGCACCCGGGCCAGCCCGUCUGCCAGUACCAUCCGCCACAUUUCAGCUUGGCCAGCAUGUACGGGCUGGCCCUGCUCCUAGCACUGCCAUUGACCUUGGCCUGUGGCUUGUUUCAGGGGCAGCCACAGUGGAUAUGCCGGGCCUUGUGUCUGCUCCUCAUGAGCAUCGCUUCACUCCUUAUUUGGGUGUUUUACUUAUUUUAUCAAUUCAAAAAAGUGUUUCCUGACCAGUCCUCCAGCUGGAAGGACCAGUUACAGGCAGAGGUACUGGUGGCACAGGCCUGGCUGCUGCUGGUGCUCCAUGUUGCUCCUCAAGCCCAUGCCUGCCUGCGCCCAGCCCCGCAGCACUCGGGUACAGAUAAUGUUCGGGAGCAGGCCCAGCCCCGCCUGAGGGAGGCCAGUAUAGAGGAAGGCCUUCCCCUGUCCCCCCAGCCCAGUGUAGAGAGCCAGGGCUCUCCAUCACGCAGCAGCUCAGCUGGUUCAGAAAGUCAGUGGCCCAGCACAUCCUUCCAUAUGGAGAUGAGCAGCAACACAGAGCCCAUGCCCUCCACCUCCACCGGAAUACAUCACAUUUGGCAUACACAGUCAUCUGGAUUUUGAGGAGGAUGGCUCUGCUUCAUUGGCCAUGGACCUGCUGCUGCUCCCCACUGGACAUCUGCAAGAUUAUUAAUACUUACAUGAUUAAAAUAUGUAAUUUUUAUGAC